UUACGGGUUUCCGCCGCGUGCCCAAUACGUUUUUUAUUAUCGAAAGAGAAAGAGAAAAGAAAAAAAACAAUCACAUUACGUCUCUGCGUUUCGGGGGUGAUUGCGAAGGCGACGACUACCAUCACACUCCGUUUCAUACCGACGACGGCAAUUAUCGCGUGUGCGUGCCGGGUAGCGUGCUCGUAAAACAAUAUUCUAUCGGUGUAAUAUCUAUAUAUUUAAUAUAAUAUUGUUUUAUUAAAUAUAUAUUUCAUUAUCGGGACGGCGGCGGCGGUUACACACGAUCAGCGAUCGAGGAGCCAUAUUAUUAUUAUUACUAUACCGAUAAGUAGUUAGUGUAGUACACACCUGCUGUAAUAGACGUGGAGCCGCCGCCGGCCGACGGGCCGCGAUCGUAUUAAUUAUAAUAUUAUACAAGAUAAUAACGACCGGUACUAUAUAUUUUUAAGACGUCCGAUGAAAAUCCUACGGUAAUCGUACGCGUUUGGAGACGAUCGUGUGAUGUGUCGCGUGGUUAUUGUCACGACGUUUAUAUUGUCACCUGCGCGUUAAAUUAUCGUAUACACAGUAAUAAUAUUAUUAUAUAACGGUCGUAUGAGACAAACCGACAACCGCAGUUGUCGUCGUCACUCGUUGUGUCGGUGAUAAUAUUAUUGUUACAUUAUUAUGACAGGUUCGUCAGUGAUAAGAUGACGCGGGAAUGUUGUUCGAACGUUUCGCCGGUAAACGCCAAUAUGUACACGGCACACAGGCGGACAGAUCGUGUUAUGUAUGCGAGAAAUCAACAAUACAAAUACAAUAAAGAACCAGUUACAGGGGGGCAACCAAUAACAGUUGAACAAGCAAAAGCAUUACGAUUGACUGUAUUUGGUGCGUGUGACACACCGCCUAGAGGAGAAUGGUUACGUACUGGGUUUGUGUUUAGAGAUCCUGAGAAAGAGCUAUCGUAUGGCUUACGAGCACGCAGAAAUGGCACCAGAGGAAUGCAGACCGCAAUACAAGGAUAUAUACUCAAAAAUUUACUAUUCACAAACAUCAACAACUCAUGUACAAUGAGACCAUCUAAACAGCAGCAACUAGAUGCUCUUUGUAAAUCAAUUACCGAAAUUCUAUGGAAGAUUGGAGAAAACGAAAAGGUUAUAGUAUGUUUACCGCAGGAGAAGAGUUACGUACCACACUCGUUAAAUUAUUUCCAAGACAAUGUUACCGAAAAACUUCAUUUAUUUGAGUUAACCAAUAUUGAAGACUUAGAAAUUUUCCUCAAAAGAUAUUUGCAUUUGUUUCAAGAUGAUCCCGGUCCUGGAUCACUAUUGUUGCUUUACAGUUCAGUACUAACAAGAGGACUAUCCAAGAUCGUAUCAGAUUUAAUGGAUGAAAAAGUUUAUCUUAUAUCAAGUGCUGAAGAAGGAUCUAUAUGCAUCGUGACGCUGAUGCUUACUGGUAGAGCUACUCCUAAUUUGCAUAACGGUAUUGUGAAUAUCGGAGACGAACAACAUUAUGCUAUACCACAUUACGGAAUAUUGGCCAGAAGUGAAGUGGGUCUAUUGGUCCAUUAUGAAGAAACCUCUACACCGGUACAAGUUACACAGAUACCAGGUUCUCGGUUAAAAACGCCGUCCUAUCCAAUUUGGAUAACUUGCGCUAAAGGUCAUUAUGGCAUACUUUUCAACACCAAUAGGGAAUUGUUAAGAAAUCAUUUAGCUGAACGAAGAUUCCCAUUGACUCACUAUUCGUGUAGCGGUAGCGAGAACCACGCGACGGUGGACACGCGAUCACACCAGAACGAACAAACGCGGAUGAUGAAGGCCACGGACGAUAUUAACAACACCACGUCGCUUCUGCUGUUGGUCGAAUGUCUUAUACACACAAAGUGGGAAGGAGCUUCGGUGCAGUGGACGGGUGUUACAAAUGCGGUGAAUUAAUACAGCAUAAUAUAAUAUAGUUACGUUAUUUUAUAGUAGCAGUAUACAGUUGUUUAUUGUCCAACGAUAAUUAUUAAAAUCGGUUGUUGUGCGUGGUUACUAAAAUACCCAAACACCUUUAACAGCAAUAAUAGACCAUAGUAUAUGUAUAACAUAUUAAUUAUUGAUAAAAUAUUGUGUGUAUAUUCAAUUAAAAAAGAAAAAUUAAUACGAUG